AUGACGGACCCAAGCGUUACCACCGGUGACGACAUCGCAUCGCCCUCCUCGGAACCCCUUACACCACCUCUCGAAGCGCUCUAUUGGACCCAAUACGGCACAUGGUACCCGAUCUUUCGCAAACAUGCCCCCAAAUCCACAGUGAUAGACAUCGAGACGGUGCAACCGCAGCUGCUCGAAUGGCUGAACAGCGAUACAUUUGUGCUUCCUGAUGGAAGUGGACCAUCCGCUUCGUUCUCUUCUGAUGAUGCUUCGUCAGAGUUCUCGGACGAGGAUUGUGGCGAGGCGGAGGAAGAAAAAUCGGAAGAGGAGGAAGAAGAGGUGGUCAAGCUGGAAGCAUUAGAUACAGCCAUUCGCGCCGUGAUCGCUAAGUACGACGGAGCGGCGGUGUUUCCAAAACUCAAUUGGAGUGCUCCGUUGGAUGCAGGCUUUAUGCUGCCCGGCAACAAUCUGCAGUGCUUGCAUCCGGAAGACGUGUACCUCCUCCUCAAGAGCAGCGAGUUCGUCGGUAGGGAUCUCGAGCAGAUCGCACACCUUGCUAGCUCCACCCCGAAUCCAACACCUGACCAGCCCCUACGCAUGCGUCCGCAGCUGGUGCUCAAGAAGUGGUUCCCGCUCAACAAGUCGUACGAGUUCCGCUGUUUCGUUCGCUCGCGCCAACUGCUUGCAAUCACACAACGCGACGUGACGUUCUACGAGCACCUCCAAUCCCCGCAUCUGCAGUCCCGGAUCAAAUGUGCUGUCUGGGACUUUUGGGAAGAAACGUUUGCAGAGGAGCAGAAGUGGGGACUGGCGGAUUACGUGCUGGACGUGUAUCUGACCAAAGACCUCGGUCGGGUCUGGCUGGUCGAUGUCAACGCUUGGUUACCGCGUACCGACCCACUGUUGUUCGGGUUCGAGGAGUUGGAUGCGCUGCACGUGCGGGAGAAGUCCCAAAGGUGGGACAGUGAUGACAAGGGGGAGAUGAGGGUGGACGAGGUGGAGGAUCGGGUGUGA